ACUAGAUAUUUCAUACUUGCUUCCAAACAAAAUACCUAAUCUUUUUAUGAAUUAGAUAUCAGAAUGGUCGAAGAUAACAGACCGACCCGUCGAAUAUUUAUUGCGAUGUCAGUAUUCAUCACUGAACAGUGUGGUGUAUAACGCGCAAGUUGGUGCUGAUUAAUUUGUUGACAAAAUGGGAACUUCGUUGUACGUAGGGUGUAUGAAUGUAAUGAACACCGUCGCACAUGUGUUGAUGGGUGGCGCCGCCUUCUUUGGAAUUGUGAUUGGAGAUGGUCUAUCCUCAAAGUUGUCUGCCCAUUGCAUUAUGAUAGUCAUUGGGUUUACAAUCCUUUGCAGUCAAGCGAUAUUGUCAGUCAACCCUUACAAGGGGUUCAAUGAAGAAUUCAAGUUCCCGAAGAAGACGAAAAUGUAUUGGAUAAUUCAAAUAAUUGGCUGUAUCGUGGUAUUCGUCGGAGCUUGUUUGGGGUUAGCUGCGGUUGGUAGUAAUACUGUUUCUGUGGGUCCAAUACAGGCCGGCGGGAAACACUUUACAACUGCUCAUGCAAUCACAGGUUUCAUAGUCAUGAUAUUUGUUGCUGUAAAACUAGUAGGUGCUAUCGCGAACUUACUAUUAGCGGACAGAUUAAAUACUUUAAUGAAGACUAUACAUGUAAUUGUAUCAAUUAUCACAAUAUCCAUGGCUUACAUAACAAUUUGCAUAAAGUAUGGCGAUUUGAAUUCAAGUUACUUCAGUUCACCAUCUUGGGCCAUAGCUUUUUCUGCAAUUACAAUAUUUUCAUUGUUGUUAAUGACUGGCGCCCGAGUUUUUAUGACUGGUAGUAUUAAGCUAUAAUAAAUAAUAAGAUUUUUCACAAUUAAUGUCAAAUAGAUAUUGUUGUGAAUUAGACAUGGAUAAAUAUGCGUAUACGGAAUUGAAAAUGAAAAGGCAUCUUGGGACGAGGCUGAUGGACUCUCCAUAUUCUCCCAUACUGCUUAUCCAUCGAACGGUUGUCUGCAAGAGAUUACUUUUUAUUGUUAAGUCCACUCAUUAAACUAUUGAUUUCUGAAUGAUUGCUCUUUGUGUUAUUAUUGUGUAU